AUGGUCGCCAGCAGUCCGUAUCACUGCCUAACGCUUUCGUUGCUUAUUAUACCGCCCAUCCUUCUGACGACGUACUUCUUUGCGGCUUUCCCAACACCCCCAGCACCCAUCUUCAUCCACCCAUCGUUGGCAAGCCUGCCACCCACGUCCAAGUCAUGGGAGAUAUACCCGGAAGACUUUUAUCCAGGCGGAGGAUACGCGGAAUUUCCUACGGGGAGGGUCAGAUACUGGCUUUUAGGUCCUGAGAAGGGAAAGAAAGUCGUCUUAAUUCACGGUCUCUCGAUACCAGCUAUCAUCUGGAAAGACGUCGCACCCACUUUGGCGUCGCGUGGUUAUCGCGUUUUGCUGUACGAUCUGUAUGGACGCGGCUAUUCCGAUGCACCACAAACAACAUACGACCCAAAUCUCUACACAACGCAACUUGCUCUGCUGAUGCAGUAUUUGAGAUGGGAGAAGGCGAAUAUCGUUGGGGUGUCAAUGGGCGGCGCAAUUGCAGCGGCCUUCACCUCACAAUUCCCCCAUCUCGUCGAUGAAGGCGUCGGCCUUAUCGCUUGUGCGGGUCUCAUGGAGACGAGCGACCUUUCGCGAACGGCAAAAUUCAUGUCGUCGCCUCUGGUCCAGACUGUCGCUUCAAGUAGACCCGUCAGGAGUUACAUUCAACACCUAACAAAUCAAACGAUCACCAAAGAUGCAACAAACCCUAUCAUCGAGAUUGUCCGAAUCCAAUCGGCGCACUUACCAGGAUACAACGCCGCCCUCUCCUCAUCCCUCCGAGACGGUCCCAUCCGCGGACAAACCGCGGCCUUCCGAUCAAAAGGUUUCGAAGGCAAGCGCGUGCUCAUCCUACACGGGACGCGCGAUACGACCGUGCCCCCGAAAUACGCAGGGCGGAUCGCGACGCUCCUCCCGGAACCGGCGAAGCAGAAGACGGUGAUCGUCGAGGGUGCGGGACACGAUCUGACCGUCAGUCAUCCGGUUGAGGUUAGCGAUGCGUUGAGCAACUUGCUUGAGGGGAAAGCCUCGUGGAAGUCGUAG